GUUUUGUGUACGUGGUGCAACUACAAUACAUGCAUGGAAAAAUAUUGCCACCUCCACUUCUCCUAAAAUCUCGAAUCACCACGAUAUCUAUUAUCUGUGCGAACGAAUACGGCAUGCAUCACGCAUGUCCCUUCUUCCAAGCAGUAUAAAAGGAAGCAGUUAGUUCUAGCAGCCGCUAGCUCUCUCAGUACAUCUCACAGCAAGAAGCAACAAUGGCAGAUACAACCACAGCGGGAGGUCUCAAGGCCAGCUGCAACGACCGGUGCGGCUGCCCUAAUCCGUGCCCCGGUGGCUCCUCUUGCAAGUGCGCAACCACCGCCGACCCCACGAGCGGGGGCGACCACAUGACAUGCUCCUGCGGCGAGCACUGCAGCUGCAACCCAUGCACUUGCGCCAAGAGCGCAGCCACGGCUGGCAAGGCCAAAUGCACAUGUGGCGCGGGCUGCGCAUGCGUCUCUUGCGCAGCCUAAUGGUUCAGACUCGUGAACCCCCAAGUAUCUAAGAAGACGCUGUGAUUAGCUUUAGACAGCUAAAGUUAAGUUCCAUCGCGGUUGACGGAUAGUGUCGUGUAAUCAAGUAAUUAUAAACCCUACUGGCUUUAUGGAGCUUUGGAAUGGUAGAAUAAGUAAAUAAAGUGUGUUGUAAGUGUUUUAUGUUU